AUGUCUGGGAGUUACUGGACUUCUAUGCAGCGGCAAAAGUGGCAGCACACCAAGCCUAGCUUGGCGCGCGAGCGACAGAGGCUGUGGGUUAUGGAGUGCCAGUUAUUUCCACAAGGUCUGAAUAUUAUAGUGGAUUCCAAGCCCAACUCCGCAGAUAGUUCCAACGGAAAUGCUGCUAAUAAUGGAGGUGGCAAUGGUAGGUCACAAUUGGUAGCCACGACUAAGAAUAUCCCUAUAACACAUAGAGAUUUGCAUUACGAUAAGGAUUAUAAUUUGAGGAUUUACUGUUAUUUCCUCAUAAUGAAACUGGGCAGACGGUUAAACAUACGGCAAUAUGCCUUGGCUACUGCACAUAUAUAUCUUUCACGAUUUCUAUUAAAAGCUUCCGUCAGAGAGGUCAAUUUAUAUCUAUUGGUCACUACAUGCGUUUAUUUGGCUUGUAAAGUGGAAGAGUGUCCACAAUAUAUCAGGACAUUAGUAAGCGAGGCAAGAUCAUUAUGGCCGGAGUUUAUACCUCCUGAUCCUACAAAGGUAACAGAAUUCGAAUUUUACCUGAUAGAAGAACUACAAUGCUACUUAAUUGUACACCACCCUUAUAAGUCUAUGGAACAGAUAGUGGAAGCUUUGAAAGAAGAGCCUUUCAAACUAACUUUUACGUCAGAUGAGCUACAAAACUGCUGGUCACUUAUAAAUGAUAGCUUUAUCAAUGACGUACAUUUAACUUACGCACCUCACAUCAUUGCUAUGGCAUGUCUAUUCAUUACCGUCUCCAUACAGGGUUCAAAUACUAAGGAAUUGUCAUUGACUUCUGCGGUAACUGAGACUUUAACGUCUCAGUCCUCCUUGACCCCUCAACAACAAACUUUUUUCAGAUUUUUGGCUGAAUCACACGUUGACCUAGAAGAAGUAAUGGAUACCAUCCAACAACAGAUCAUUCUUUAUGACCAUUGGGAUCGUUACCAUGAGCCAUGGAUUAAGUAUCUCCUACAUACACUUUACCUAAGACCACUAUCUGCCUGA